AUGUCAUCUCAGCUAGCUGGUGUGGAGGAGCAAAACGAGCUCAUUGUCGAGUAUCUCAGUGCAAUGGCACUGCGCCUCGAGACGUUGCGAUCCAAAGCAAUUGAUAUACGCAACAGUGUCGCCAAUGAGAGAAACGAAAAGCCGAGCGAGUAUCUCCUACCGCUAUCGCUUGUAAAAGCGGCAGAGAUGAUUUUGCAGAUGAUCGAUACUUGCGGGUAUAGUGUUGUUGAGUUGCACAAACUCAAUCUGGCCGACGCGAUGCCCAUCAUCUCGUGGAAGGAGCUCAAGACUCACAUGGAUCUGCUUUCAUACUUCGGCUCAGCAGCUUCUACUACACUUUCGUCAGCGCGUAAAGAGCUACUGAUCAUGGCGCAUACUGGCAGCCACCGGGGAGCUGUACAAAACUUCCGCAGUACGCCUGAGGUUACUUUGCUCAUAUGCCUCUUCCAUCUCUGGUCAAGAGCGGUAUUGCACGACUCGUCUGUACCUGACUUGUACCGAGAGCAUCUUUCGAAAAUGCAAUACGAAGCUAGCCGUCGGCCAUCUAAGCUUGCCCUCCGAGAGUUGUACCUCUUGGAAGAGGAAUUCGAGAUGGUAGCCUCUAUCUGCGCUCAACAACGCAGCAUGAUCAGGGAUUUCUACGACAUCAUCGGUCCCUCCACCUAUCGCAUAGCCACCAAAGAAUGUUUCAGAGCCGACAGAGACAUCGUGAUCCCCCUCAUGAACCAAAAUCACAACAACGCUGUCAACAUGGGAGCAACUUCUACAGGAGUAAGAGAAACACAGGCACUGUUCGAUAGGACCAAAGAGGUGCUCCGCCACAACGUUGAAGUCUCAGAAGAAAGCAACUCGAAAGCCAUCAGAGUAUUUACUCUAGUGACAAUCGUGUUUCUUCCUCUUUCUUUCAUCUCUUCCGUAUUCGGCAUGAACACUACGGAUAUAAGAGACAUGAGCAGCUCGCAAGCUCUCUUUUGGGCCAUUGCCAUUCCCGCCACAGCGGUGAUUGGAGGACUCUCCUUGACGAUCGCAUAUCACGGAACGUACAUGUGGGCUAAAGUACGCGCGAUGGGUGAUGCUGCGUGGGGAUCAGAGAAGAUAUCGCGCGGGCGGCGUGCCUGGAAACGAAAGCCAAAAGACGUGGAAAAGGUAGACGAUGGCGAGGUUGCAGACACACGGCCUCUGGGACCAGGUCAUCUCCGGAGAAGGAAGACAGUCUUGAACGUUGUUGGGUCGAAGAAACCAAGGAAGUUCCGGUAA